GGUGCGGUGUCCCCAUAGACAGGCGGCAUCGCAAAAGCAUGAGAAACAAAGCAGUGAGGCACUCUGUGUUUGACUCCACUCCAGCUCCAGCUCCAGCCCAGCCCCCAAAGAGUGAAAGGCGUCUUCAUCUUGACUUGCUUCCCCUCCGAGAGACCGACCUAGCUCCAUCCACUUUCCUGCAAAGGGUAGGGGAUAGGCCUCAGCUCCACGCCAAGAGUAGCAAAGAUCUCUGAUUUGAGAGAGAGAAGCAUCGAAUCAGCCGACAGGAGGUCUCGUUCGCCAACCCAGCAGCAGCCAUGAGUGCCAUGAAGUUUUGCCGUGAAUGCAACAACAUAUUGUAUCCCAAGGAGGACAGGGACCAGAAGGUGCUCCUCUUCGCCUGCAGGAACUGCGACCACCAGGAGGUUGCAGACAACAACUGUGUCUACCGGAACGUGGUGCACCACAGCGCUGGAGAGUUCACCCAGGUGCUCCAGGACGUCGCCGGCGACCCCACCCUUCCCCGCACCAAGGAAGUCCGCUGCGCCGUCUGUGGCCACGGCGAAGCUGUCUUCUUCCAGGCCACCGCGAGAGGCGAGGAGGGGAUGACGCUCUUCUUCGUCUGCUGCAACCCGAGCUGCGGCCAUCGAUGGAGAGAAUGAUGUGUCCAUCAGCCAACCGAUGAUGAAUUCCACCGAUGCAACAGUCUGCGUCUUCCCCAGAGAUAUUUUCCCCAAGUAGCAUGAAUUGACUGUAUGAUUCAGAUGCAUUGCGGCGUCAUAUCAUUUUCUAUCUCCAUGAGGAAAAAGCAACCGAGUCCACUGGGGUAAAAAUAUCCCUGUGGUCCAUUCCAUUAAUCAAAGGAUGGUAUGCGGACAUUUUUUUUUUCUUCUCUUGGUGGUUUGUUCCCUUCUGCACUUCUCUGUGGUAGCUUGAGCAGUAAAUUUCGAGAGCAAAACAUGUUCUCUUUUAAAUGAAAAAACGAAGAAUGGAACAUGUUCUGAAUAUUGUCAUUCAUGCCAGCAAACGAUGAGCUGAGGAACAUAAAUAUAUUUGAUUUACGUCGGCUGUUGGGUUUUA